GUGGGCUCUCACUCACUCCAAGCAGUCGCAGGACUUUAUGCAUCAAACUGUAUAUAAACAGGGAGACAUGCAGUGUCAGGACACAGUCGGAGCUGCCCGGGUUCAAGAUGACGCGCGCCGUGCUCCAGACGGUCUUCGUGGGGGCGCUGCUGCUGCUCGGCGAGCGGACCUCUGCAGCGGGAGGCAAGCGCCGCUGCAUCAACAGUAGCCAGCUGGACAGGCGCGUCCGCCAAUACUACGAGUACUGGAACGCGACGAGCAUCUCCAAAGUCCUGGCGCAGGACGCGCGCACGUGCGCACAGGCGGCGACGGACAUGCAGGGGAACGUGGAGAGGCGCUCGCUGUCGCCAUGGAAACACUACAUCGACCAUGACGUCAACAGGAUCCCUCCGAAGAUCAGCUUCGCCAAGUGUCUUUGUAGGGGCUGCAUUCUAAGAAAGAAGGAGCAGAACGACUACAACUCUGUGACCGUGUUUUCUGAGCUGAUGGUUCUGAAGAAGACUCCGUGUCCAUCCGACCCCCAACAAUACGUGGUCAGGAAGGGCUACAUCCAAGUCCCAGUGGCCUGCACCUGUGUCGUCCCCAAAUACGUGAAAUAACCAAAGACAAAGGGCUGUUUGUAAGUUUGCUAUGGUGCAGAAUGAGGUGACAGAAUGUUUGACUUUACUCCCAGCGCUGAUUUAAUAUUUCUGAACACCGUACAAUUUUCUUCAUCUCCAAAAAUAUAGACUAUGUUUGUUGGAACUGGUAAUUCUUUUCUAUUGUAGUUUGUAGGUUAAAUUUGUUUGUAUUCACCUGUAGAUUUUCUGUAGGUCCAAAAAGGCAAAUUGCCACCAUGUUGUUCAUUCAGAACCACAAACGCCUGAUUAUGUUUUGGUUCAUGUUUAUGCAAAGGUGGAGAUUUUAAAGGGUGCACACAUGUUACCCAGCACUUUACAGUCAGUAAUGGUUGGCAGUUAAUGAGGAUGCUAAUGAUGACGACGGGGAAGCAGAAGGUGUGUCAUUGAGCAAGACACCAUCUUCUUCUGCGACCCCGGAGGACGGACAUGUCCCCAGCGUGGGAUUAAUACAUUUUCAAUUUUUAUUCUUAGUGUGGUUGUGUUUUGACUCUUGGCAUUAACUCUUAAUAAGUAUUUUCAUUUUUUGUAUUGUUUAUACUAGAGGCAUUUUAAAAUUUUUGUAUACAGUCA